UCUUCUUCUCCCCUAAAUUAUAAAAAAAACAAAAAACUAAAUUUUAUUAAAUUAAUAAAAUUUUAGUUGAUUAUUGGUUCUCUGGAUCAAAUUAAGGAUCAGAUUGCUUCUCAUAAUCUCCUGAAAAAGGAUCAUCCUGGAUUAUUAAAAUUCCCACAGCCCUUCUUUGGAAAAGCCCUCUUAAUUCGAGGUUUUCUUAUCGGCCAAUGCACAGCUCCUAAGGUGUUCUUCUUCUUGUUUCAUGGGCAAUACAUGCGGUGGUGCAUUUGGCAGCAAAUAUCUCCGCGGCUACUCUCAGCCCUCUUUCUCUAAUAGUCACAAUCAUUCUUCCUCCUCCCAUACAUCCUCUCGUUCUACAAGCAGUGCAGCCUCUGAGGUCGCCGAUAUCGCCCCAAAACCUGUCACUCCCAAAAUGAGACGUGGCCUUAUGGACCCCCAGUCCUACUCCAUUAUAGGCCACAAAACCCCCAAUGUCCGUGACCUCUACACACUCGGUCGCAAACUUGGCCAAGGGCAAUUUGGCACCACAUAUCUCGCUACCGAGAUAUCCACUGGCGUUGAGUAUGCUUGCAAGUCAAUAUCUAAGAGGAAACUGAUCUCGAAAGAGGAUGUGGAGGAUGUGAGAAGAGAGAUUCAGAUAAUGCACCAUUUAUCGGGGCAUAAGCAUGUGGUUCAGAUCAAAGGGGCGUAUGAGGAUCCGCUUUAUGUCCAUAUUGUGAUGGAGUUGUGUGGUGGAGGGGAGUUGUUUGAUAGGAUUAUUCAGAGGGGACAUUAUAGUGAGAGGAAGGCGGCGGAGUUGACAAGGAUUGUUGUUGGGGUCGUGGAGGCUUGUCAUUCUCUUGGGGUUAUUCACAGGGAUCUUAAGCCGGAGAACUUUUUGUUGGUUAAUAGGGAUGAUGAUUUGUCACUCAAAGCAAUUGAUUUUGGGCUUUCGGUGUUCUUUAAGCCAGGUCAAAUUUUCACAGAUGUGGUUGGAAGCCCAUAUUAUGUUGCUCCAGAGGUACUAUGCAAACACUAUGGUCCAGAGGCUGAUGUCUGGACAGCAGGAGUUAUAUUAUACAUACUAUUAAGUGGUGUACCACCUUUUUGGGCAGAAACACAGCAAGGAAUUUUUGAUGCAGUUCUUAAGGGAGUUAUUGAUUUUCAAUCUGAACCAUGGCCUUCCAUCUCUGACAGCGCAAAGGACCUCAUCAAGAAAAUGCUUUGCUCACGUCCUUCUGAUCGAAUCACAGCCCAUGAAGUUCUAUGUCAUCCCUGGAUAUGUGAGAAUGGAGUUGCUCCUGAUCGUGCACUAGAUCCUGCUGUCCUUUCUCGCCUCAAACAAUUCUCAGCUAUGAAUAAGUUGAAGAAGAUGGCUUUGCGAGUGAUAGCUGAAAGCCUUUCAGAAGAGGAGAUUGCUGGAUUAAAGGAAAUGUUCCGAGCAAUGGACACAGACAACAGUGGUGCAAUUACGUAUGAUGAGCUGAAAGCUGGCCUUAAAAAAUAUGGUUCUACUUUAAAAGAAUCAGAGAUCCGGGAUCUCAUGGAUGCGGCUGAUAUAGACAACAAUGGUACCAUCGACUAUGGAGAAUUUAUUGCUGCCACAGUACACCUUAACAAACUUGAACGUGAAGAACACUUGGUGGCAGCAUUUUCCUAUUUUGACAAGGAUGGGAGCGGCUAUAUUACGGUUGAUGAGCUUCAACAAGCUUGUAAAGAACACAACAUGACCGAUGUUCUUCUUGAAGAUAUCAUCAAAGAAGUUGAUCAGGAUAAUGAUGGUUGCAUUGACUAUGGCGAGUUUGUUGCUAUGAUGCGCAAGGGCAAUAUGGGAAUAGGCAGAAGAACCAUGAGGAACAGUUUAAACGUGAGUAUGAGAGAUGCCCUGGGAGCUCAAUGAGUCCUAGUAAUCAUGUACAGUUUUUGUUGCCGACAUUUUGUGUUUUCCCCCAGUUUUGGUUUUACUCCCUUAUUAUUAUUAUUAUUAUUAUUAUUUUGGUGAGAUGGUUGUUGAAAGCACACAUAGUUGUAAUUUAUCAGCAGUUUCUUAUGAUCAACUUAAUGACAAAGGAAAUAUUUGAAA